GCGACCCGGUCCCUGCCUGCUGCUUCUGUGUGAUCCCAGCACGCCCGGCCACGCUCUGGCCUCAAUUUCUCUUUCUGCCUCGACUGACUGUGCCUCCUCAGGCAUCCUGGUGCAGAGGGAGCCACAGCUUAUUUCGCCUCCUUGGUUAAGGGGCCACCAACACAGGCAGAGAAUGUUACCCCAGAUACUGCCCUAGGGCAGUCUGCAACCUCUGUGCUCCGUCUCUGGGUGCACUUGGAGACUUGACACCCACGGGCCCUCGCUGGGGCAUGACGGGCCCAGGCUCCCCUCACACAGCUGCUGGUGAACACAAGUCUGUCUGCCCCACGUGCCCGCUCGGGCUAUGGGGAGGUGAGAAGGGGUCCGACCUAUGGAGCCCCACAGAGAACCUCAAGGGCACCCCCACCUGAACGCAAAACCUGGCGGGUUUCUGAUAAGAGGGGGCACCCAGUAAGCUCUUAGGUGGGGCACUUUGGAGGUACAGCUCAGGUCAGGUUCAGGGACCUGGGGAACCCCCCCAACCUAGGACAGGGAUGUGCAGAUGUGACUCGGGGGAGGGUUGCGCAACAACAACCAGGUCCUGACGGAGGUGCUUUAGACAUAUUAAUUAAUUUAUUCCUCACAACCAUCCUGUUUGUGUUAUUAUCCUCAUUUUACAGAAGGGGAAACCAAGGCACAGAACAUAAGUCCCUUGCCCAAGGUCACACAGGCUGUCCGGCUCCAGAGCAGAGCAGAGCAGGAGCCCCCGCCCAGCUCCCUGAGGGCUUCCUUUGACUCCCUGAAGCAGCAAAUGGAGAAUGUGGGCAGCUCCCACAUCCAGCUGGCCCUGGCCCUGCGCGAGGAGCUGCGGAGCCUCGAGGAGUUCCGUGAGAGACAGAAGGAGCAGAGGAAGAAGUACGAGGCCGUCAUGGACCGUGUCCAGAAGACCAAGCUAUCUCUCUACAAGAAGGCCAUGGAUUCCAAGAAGUCAUAUGAGCAGAAGUGCCGUGAUGCCGAUGACGCUGAGCAGGCCUUCGAGCGCAUUAGCACCAAUGGCCCCCAGAAGCAGGUGGAGAAGAGCCAGAACAAGGCCAAGCAGUGCAAGGACUCAGCCAUGGAGGCAGAGCGAGUGUACAGGCAGAACAUUGAACAGUUGGAGAAGGUGCGGGGCGAGUGGGAGCAGGAACACCGGACCACUUGUGAGGCCUUUCAGCUGCAAGAGUUUGACCGACUGACCGUCCUUCGCAACUCCAUGUGGGUGCACUGCAACCAGCUCUCCUUGCAGUGUGUCAAGGACGAUGAGCUCUAUGAGGAGGUGCGGGUGACACUAGAAGGCUGCAACGUGGAAGCCGACAUCGACGGCUUUAUCCACGCCAAGAGCACAGGCACCGAGCCCCCAGCUCCGGUGCCCUUCCAGAACUACUACAAUCGGGAGGUCACCCCGGCAUCGGGCAGCCCUGGCGUCCAGCCAUCCUGCGGCAUGAUAAAGAGGUUCUCUGGACUGCUGCACGGGAGUCCCAAGACUACAUCAUUGGCAGUUUCUGCAGCCUUCACAGAGACCCUGACCCCAACCCCCGAACAGAAUGAGAUUGUCUACUCUACCAUCGCAGUGAAGGAGGCACCGGGCCCCCCAACCCUGCCAGCCCAGGGCUACAGGGUGCUCUAUGACUACAUGGCCCAGAAUUCCGACGAGCUGAGUAUCUCUGCGGGAGACAUCCUGGAAGUCAUCCUGGAGGGGGAGGAUGGCUGGUGGACAGUGGAACGGAAUGGGCAGCGUGGCUUCGUCCCUGGUUCCUACCUGGAAAAGCUCUGAGGAAGGGGCAGCAGCCCCCACCUGGACCUGCCCUGCCCGUGAGGCCAGUGGUGCCCCCAAUCACUGCCCUGGCCUUCCUGGGGCCCCAAGAUGGAGCCUGCCUCCCAGAAUGGACGCUGGCAGCUCCCUGAGCUGUCUCUCCCACAGGGAAUAAAGGAGUGCAUUUUUAUUCCUUGGU